UUGAUGCCUUGAUGGUGUUUCGGAGGGAGGACGGAAGGGACGGAAGGAGUCCGGCGCUCAGUUCUUUUUGGGGUAUAGCUUUCCUUCUUUUAAGUUCUUCUACGGGUGAUCGCUACUGCACAUUGGGACUUCUCAGCGGCAGUUUUGGGAUACAGCUCGUCCAACCCUGCAACUAAAAAUAUAUUGAGCGGAAUGGCCAUCAGGAAACCUGGUUUAAUUGCUUUAUUUGAUAUGGAUGGGACCCUUACUGCUCCAAGAAAGGUGGUCACUCCAAAGAUGUUAGAAUUCAUGCGGGAACUACGAAAGGUUGUGACAGUCGGAGUCGUGGGAGGAUCUGACCUUAGUAAAAUAUCAGAGCAGCUUGGGAAGACAGUUAUUGAUGACUACGAUUAUGUAUUUUCUGAGAAUGGCCUUGUGGCUCAUAAAGAUGGGAAGCUUAUUGGCACCCAGAGCUUAAAGUCGUUUCUUGGAGAAGAGAAACUCAAGGAAUUUAUCAAUUUUACACUCCAUUAUAUUGCUGACUUGGAUAUCCCUAUAAAAAGGGGAACAUUUAUAGAGUUCCGAAGUGGCAUGCUCAAUGUAUCACCAAUUGGGAGAAAUUGCAGCCAAGAAGAAAGGGAUGAAUUUGAAAAGUAUGACAAGGUUCUCAACAUUCGCCCGAAAAUGGUUUCUGUGCUUCGUGAGAAGUUUGCUCACCUUAACCUUACAUUUUCAAUAGGAGGAGAAAUAAGUUUUGACGUUUUCCCUCAAGGUUGGGACAAGACAUACUGCUUGAGAUACGUUGAUGAUUUUCCUGAAAUCCAUUUCUUUGGUGACAGAACUUACAAGGGAGGGAAUGACCAUGAAAUUUAUGAAUCAGAACGAACCGUCGGUCACACAGUUACCAGCCCUGAAGAUACAAUGGAGCAGUGUAGAGCUCUCUUCCUUGCAAACCCAUGAGCAUUGGGCAACUUUUCGAUUUUCAAAUUGAUGUCAUUUGUAAUUUACAUAUAUGAAUAAUCAAGCUAGGCAGGGAGUCCUACCUAUAUAUGAAAAGAACUGUAAUUCAUUCAUAAAUUAUGACAUCUAGCUAUAUGCAUACUUUUAUCUGAUAAGCAAUAACAUUGUGGUUUCUAAUUCA